AUGGCAUGUGUCGUCGUACACGCUGGUGCCGGAUAUCAUUCUAAAUCAAAAGAAAAGAAAUAUAAUAAAUUGUGUUCUGAAGCCUGUUCAUUGGCCGGGAAACUUUUGUCAGUUGAUCACAAAAGUGCCAUCGACGCUGUGGAAGCAGCUGUAGCGUAUUUAGAAGACUGCCCAUUAACCAAUGCAGGGAUCGGUAGUAAUCUGAGUAUUAAUGGGUAUGUGGAAUGUGAUGCGGGAAUAAUGAGUGGCUCUACCCUUCAGUUCGCCGGGAUUGGAGCUGUUCGUAAUAUGAAGAAUCCCGUAAAGGUUGCAAGGCUUCUGUUACAGUCACAAAUUGACCAUCCUCUGGGUGAGUUAGGACGCGUUCCUCCAUCUGUACUUGUCGGUGAUGGUGCUCAUCUGUGGGCUGCGUCAAAAGGAUAUCCUGUUGAUAAUAGUAAUCUCGUCACAAAACAUUCGCGGGUUUCAUGGGAAAAGUACAAAAGUUGGUUAUUUAAUGGGAACGAAAUGGAUGCAACUACAAAAGAUUCUCAUUUUAAUCAUCAUGAAAAUGUUCCUGAGUUGAAAAAGUCUCGUGUCCAUAGAUUUGAUACUGUUGGUGCUGUUUGUAUUGAUAUAGAAGGGAAGAUUGCUGCAGCAUCUUCUAGUGGUGGUAUUGCAAUGAAGUAUGAAGGUCGUCUAGGUCAAGCGUGUACAUAUGGUUGUGGUUGUUGGGCAGAAGAACUCAGUUCAUUUUCUAGUAUUGGGGUUGUCACUUCAGGCACUGGUGAACAACUUAUAAAAACUCAACUUGCUCAGCGUUCUGCAGAACGUUUUAAUGGUGACUCCAUUUCCGUUUCCGAAAUAAUUCACUCAUCUCUCACUGAUGGAUUUUUAAAUUCUAAGUAUCUUUCCUGUGAUAUGGAAAAAUUUGCUGGUGUUGCUGGAGUUUACGCUAACUUCGAACGAAUUGACUUUCCUAAUGUGGAGGUGUUUUUUGGACACUCAACACGAUCGAUGAGUGUUGGUCACUAUCUGCCGAGUGUUAUGAAAAAACCAUUUGUCCGUGUAUCACGGAAGCAAAUUGAUAGACCUACGUAUAUAGAAGUCUACGCAUAUACCAUAUAG